AGCCGCAGCCGGAGCCGGAGCGAGCCCGCCCCGGGGGGAGGAGGGCGAGGGCGGCGAGCCAUGACGGGCGGCGGCGCCGCGAAGCGCCGGCGGUGGUAGAGAGAGAGAGAGAGAGAGAGAGAGAGAGAGACAGAAAGAGACAGAGAGAGAAGAGAAGAGAGAAGAGAAGAGGGAGCCCCGAGCGCGGAGCCCGCGGGGCAGCGCCGAGGGGCCGCCAUGGGCAACGCGGGCAGCGUGGACGCGCAGCACACCGAGCUGCGGGCGCACCCCGUGCCCCUCAAGCUGCCCAUGCCCGAGCCCGGCGAGCUGGAGGAGCGCUUCGCCGUGGUCCUGAAUUCCAUGAACCUGCCUCCCGACAAGGCCCGGCUCCUGCGGCAGUAUGACAACGAGAAGAAGUGGGAGCUCAUCUGUGACCAGGAAAGAUUCCAAGUGAAGAAUCCUCCACACACAUACAUCCAGAAAUUAAAGGGCUAUCUGGACCCAGCAGUCACCAGGAAGAAGUUCAGAAGGCGAGUCCAAGAGUCGACUCAAGUGCUGCGAGAACUGGAAAUUUCUUUAAGGACAAACCACAUUGGGUGGGUCAGGGAGUUUCUGAAUGAGGAGAACAAGGGCCUGGAUGUUCUGGUGGAGUACCUGUCCUUUGCACAAUAUGCAGUCACGUUUGACUUUGAGAAUCUGGAGAACAGCGUGGAGAACUCCAUGGACAAGUCCAAGCCCUGGAGCCGCUCCAUCGAGGACCUGCACAGGGGCACCAACCUGCCCUCCCCAGUUGGGAACAGCGUCUCCCGCUCGGGCCGACACUCCACGCUCCGGUACAACACCUUGCCAAGCCGGAGAACGCUAAAAAACUCCCGAUUAGUGAGUAAAAAGGACGAUGUUCACGUCUGCAUCAUGUGCUUGAGGGCCAUAAUGAACUACCAGUAUGGAUUCAACAUGGUCAUGUCCCACCCCCACGCCGUCAACGAGAUCGCCCUGAGUCUGAACAACAAGAACCCCAGGACAAAGGCCCUCGUCUUGGAACUCUUGGCAGCUGUUUGCCUCGUCCGAGGGGGACACGAGAUCAUCCUGUCAGCCUUUGAUAACUUCAAGGAGGUGUGUGGGGAGAAGCAACGCUUUGAGAAGCUCAUGGAGCACUUCAGAAAUGAGGACAACAACAUAGACUUCAUGGUGGCCUGCAUGCAGUUCAUCAACAUCGUGGUGCACUCCGUGGAGGACAUGAACUUCCGAGUGCACCUGCAGUACGAGUUCACCAAGCUGGGCCUGGACGAGUACUUGGAUAAGCUGAAGCACACGGAGAGUGACAAGCUCCAGGUGCAGAUCCAGGCCUACCUGGACAACGUGUUUGAUGUGGGAGCUUUGCUGGAAGACGCCGAAACCAAGAACGCAGCCCUGGAGAGGGUGGAAGAACUGGAAGAGAACAUUUCUCAUUUAUCUGAAAAACUCCAGGAUACGGAGAACGAGGCCAUGGCCAAGAUUGUGGAACUGGAAAAGCAACUUAUGCAAAGGAACAAAGAACUGGACGUGAUCCGGGAGAUCUACAAAGAUGCCAAUACCCAAGUUCACACUUUGAGGAAGAUGGUGAAGGAGAAGGAAGAAGCCAUCCAACGCCAGUCCACGCUGGAGAAGAAGAUCCACGAGCUGGAGAAGCAGGGGACCAUCAAGAUCCAGAAGAAAGGGGAUGGGGACAUCUCCAUCCUUCCCGUGGCUCUGGCCUCUGGGAUGGUGCCAGCAGGGUCAGAGGUGUCAGGGACGCCUGGCACGCCUGGAGCUGCAUCCUCAGUGCCAUUGCCACCACCUCCACCGCCCCUACCUGCCAUGGCAGGGACUCCUGAGGCAGUGCCCAACGGCCCCGUGUCGGUGCCGAUGCCGCCUCCCCCACCGCCCCCCCCGCCGCCCCCACCGCCUCCUCCUCCUCCUCCUCUGCCAGGGCCGGCUCUGGACACGGCUCCAGCAGCUCCACUGCCCCCACCACCCCCUCCCUCAGCUCCCCCCCUGCCCGGGACGGCCUCUCCCACCGUGGUCUUCAACUCAGGCCUUGCAGAUGGGCCCAUCAAACUCUUCUCUGUGAAGAUCAAGAAGCCCAUCAAGACCAAGUUCCGCAUGCCCGUGUUCAACUGGGUGGCCCUGAAGCCCAACCAGAUCAACGGCACCGUCUUCAACGAGAUCGACGACGAGAGGAUCCUCGAGGAUCUAAACGUGGAUGAAUUUGAAGAAAUCUUCAAAACAAAGGCCCAGGGCCCAGCCAUUGAUCUGACCUCCAGCAAGCAGAAGAUCACCCAGAAAGGCUCCAACAAGGUCACGUUGCUGGAUGCCAACAGGGCCAAGAAUCUGGCCAUAACUCUCCGGAAAGCCGGGAAGACGGCGGACGAGAUCUGCAAGGCCAUCCAUGUGUUUGACCUGAAGACGCUGCCGGUGGAUUUUGUGGAGUGCCUGAUGCGGUUCCUGCCCACGGAGAACGAGGUGAAGGUGCUGCGUCUGUACGAGCGGGAGCGGAAGCCCAUCGAGAACCUGUCGGACGAGGACCGGUUCAUGAUGCAGUUCAGCAAGAUCGAGAGGCUCAUGCAGAAAAUGACCAUCAUGGCCUUCAUCGGCAACUUCGCCGAGAGCAUCCAGAUGCUGACCCCGCAACUCCAUGCCAUAAUCGCUGCCUCUGUCUCCAUAAAGUCAUCCCAAAAGCUUAAGAAAAUACUGGAGAUAAUCCUGGCUCUUGGGAACUACAUGAACAGCAGCAAACGAGGGGCUGUCUAUGGGUUUAAGCUGCAGAGUUUAGACCUGCUCCUGGAAACCAAGUCAACAGACCGGAAGCAGACGCUGCUGCACUACAUCUCCAACGUGGUCAAGGAGAAGUACCAGCACGUGUCCCUCUUCUACAACGAGCUGCACUACGUGGAGAAGGCAGCAGCAGUGUCCCUGGAGAACGUGCUGUUGGACGUGAAGGAGCUGCAGCGGGGCCUGGAGCUGACGAAGCGCGAGUACACCAUGCACGACCACAACACCAUGCUCAAGGACUUCAUCCAGAACAACGAGGGCAAGCUCAAGAAGCUGCAGGACGAUGCCAAAAUAGCCCAGGAUGCCUUUGAUGAUGCUGUGAAGUAUUUUGGGGAGAAUCCCAAGACAACUCCCCCCUCGGUCUUUUUCCCAGUGUUUGUCCGGUUUGUGAAGGCCUACAAGCAAGCAGAAGAAGAGAAUGAGCUGAGGAAAAAGCAGGAACAGGCCUUAAUGGAAAAACUCAUGGAGCAGGAAGCGUUGAUGGAGCAGCAGGACCAAAAGUCCCCCUCCCACAAGACGAAGCGGCAGCAGCAGGAGCUGAUCGCGGAGCUGCGGCGGCGGCAGGUCAAGGACAACCGGCACGUGUACGAGGGCAAGGACGGGGCCAUCGAGGACAUCAUCACAGCCCUAAAGAAGAAUAAUAUCACUAAAUUUCCCAAUGUUCACUCGAGGAUCUUCGGAACCAGCCGUACCGCCGGGCCGACGCGCUGAGGAGGAGCGUCCGCCGCCGCUUCGACGAGCACGGCCUGCGCCCCAACGGCCCCGACGUGGCCAUGUGAGCCCCGGGGGGGCUCCCCGGGGGCCUCGGCCCCGGACACUCCGUGCUCGGCGAGCCCUUGGGAACGGCCAGACCCACCCGCCGGGCCCGGGAACGGCUGGGAACCGCCCCGGAGCCACCAAGUGCCUGAGAUGGAAGGACCUGCUCCAGGGACAGCGCCGGGACCUGCGCUGAGGGGACCCGGCCUGAGGGGUGUCCUCGGACACGUCCCGCGGCGUCUGGAACCAAAAUGUAAAAUUCCUGCUGGUUUGGGGGGGUCGGUUUGGCUGCUUGAGGGCGGAGUUCGGCGACUGGUCUCUCUCCGCUGGUUGGAAACUGGGAAUACUGGGAUGUGCUCAGCUUUGAAAUGCUCAGCUCUGAACUGAUCCCUGCGCUGGUGCCCAGGGUGUUGGCUGCACUUAUGGCUUGGGUUUUGAUCACAAAGGAAGACACUGAAGGGCUUUCUGUAGGAAUAACGAUCCCAAGGAAUGACCCGGCCCUUUUCCCACCCCGGGCACCUCCGGAGCUGGAUGUGGGACCCAACACAUCCAUGAUCCCAGGGAGAGGAACCAAACAAGGUCACCCCCAGGGUCAGAGGGGUUUUGGGGUCCAGGACAGGGAGGGGGAGGCCCCGCUGGCGCUCACAGCUCUGGAGUAACAGCUAUUUAUUAAUUAGCACUAAGCCAAUUAACACCUCCGUAAUCAGUAUUAGGCUCUGGGACCACCUCAGUCCAGUUCCUCACUGGGGAACCAGCCCAGCCCUGCUCUGUGGGAUCACACCCCGGGCCAAUCCCACCCCUAUUCCCUGCUGAAGCUCCUUUGGGCACCAAAGACAAGCCCAGCCUAAAAUCCCGGGUAGUUUUUAGGUUCAAAAUGGCUUUUUCCAGCCUAAAAAGGGACAGGAGACAUUUUAGGCCCGUCGUGCACCCCCAGCUCCCGGAGCAGCAGCAGGAGGAAUCCAACCCCUUGAUCCUCUCAGCUGGGAAGAACUGGACUGAAGAGAGAAAGAUUUGUCCUUUCCAAGCCCCCUUUUUUGCUUCCAGCUUCUUCCCUGGGCUCGUCACAUCCCCCUGUUAAUUGUAAAAUUUCUUGUAUAGUAUUUAACCACGGAAUUUCUUGGCCCUUUCCCAUUGUGCUCCCUCCACUGGUGAAGGUCCCUGGAAUCUUUUCCCCCCUCGGAUAAUGUGUAGUUAUAUGAUAAUCUGUUUUUAAAUGUACAGAUAUUUUGCUACAAAAUUGGUGCAGUUUUUUAUGGUUUUUACACUUCUCUUUUAUUCCCCCCCCCACCUCCCCUUUAGCCUCUGGGUAAUAUUGUAAAUAUUGUUUAAAAUGAAAUAAAUGCAUCAAGCCUGUGCUAUACAAUCUGAAUGUUAUUUUAACUUAUAGUUUUUGUUUUUAUAUUUAACUAAACGGACAGUUUGGGGCUCAGAGUUACCACGUUGACCUAUUUACAGGAAUUUUUUGACUUUCAAAACUGCCAAUUCCUUGCAUUUUACAGCACUUGACCCACUAAAGAGAACAUGCCACCCCCUCCUUUGCCUCCCUGGCAGUCACAAGGAGGUGUUUAAUCAGAAGAAAUGGGAUAAUUUUCAAUUCAGUGUGAUAGAUUGUUGGUUACAAAGCACCAGAUCUCGACUUCUUCAGCUCAAAGGUAUUUUUUUUUUAACGAAAGAGCCAAAAUUCUCCAGGCUGGCAUGUUCUCUUUAAUAUUUUUCUAGUAAUAGAUCUGCUUCUUAGCAAGAUUAGAGUGUUUUAUAAAGCAGUUCACGUUCCUUUCCUGGUCUGUUCCUGCCAUAAAAAUCAAAUAAACUAUUUACACUACUACA